AUAUAAGCCCCGCCCACAACGUAUUCCACCGCUCUCUUACAACUGAGCUAAUCCCCGCCCUGCCAACACAAGCCCCGCCCACAACGUCUUCCGCCGCUCUCUUACAACGGAGCUAAUCCCCGCCCUGCCGACACAAGCCCCGCCCACAAUGCCUUCCACCGCUCUUACAAUUGAGCUAAUCCCCGCCCUGCCGACACAAGCGCCGCCCACCCCCUGGUUCUGUGUUGUUCGGCUGGUCACAGGCUCACACGCUGAGCUCCGGUUGGAGGUGACAGUGUUGUGCGCUGCUGUGUAUGGAGGACACCACGUAUCUGUGCUGAGGGGAGCGCUACACCUCACCGGAGCCCUAUACAUCACCUCAGAGAUGGCUGCUAUCAAGGCUCUCCAGCAGUGGUGCAAGCAGCAGUGUGAUGGCUAUCGCGAUGUUACCAUCACUAACAUGACCACGUCCUUCAGGGACGGACUGGCUUUCUGUGCCAUCCUACACAAACACCGACCGGACCUCAUAGAUUUCAACAUUCUUAGCAAGGAGAAUGUCUAUGAGAACAAUCAAUUGGCUUUCCGUGUUGCUGAGGAACAGCUUGGGAUUCCAGCUCUCCUAGAUGCGGAAGAUAUGGUCCAACUUAAGGUCCCAGACCGGCUCAGCAUCCUGACUUACGUGUCCCAGUACUACAAUUACUUCCAUGGACGGUCGCCCAUUGGAGGCAUGGGAGGUAUAAAGCGUCCUCCGCCAGACACUACUGAAGAACCGGCCGGAAAGAAACAAACCAAUCAUGUACCUCAGCCCAAACCCACUCCCCAGCCGGCACAAAAGGGCGGCCCAGCUGUUGUGGAGAAUGCUCCAGUCCGAGCGGGCAUUAGAGAAAUUAAUCCUAACAGUACAGUAAGCAGCAACUGUGCCAUCUGCGGUAAACAUGUCCACUUGGUUCAAAGGCACAUGGCUGAUGGCAAGCUCUAUCACAGGAAUUGCUUCAGGUGUAAACAGUGUUCAAGAACAUUGCAACCAGGGAUGUAUAAAAUGGGAGACCAUAUGGGUAUAUUAGUCUGCACAAAUCAACACUGUAACACUCCCUCCCCUACGUCAAAUAGUGUUUCAUCCAAUGGACCAUACACACCUGUAGUAUCUUCUUCAGGUGGUAAUCGCAGCAAUCCAGUCACAACUAGUCAGCCAAGCAGCACCCCUACCAAUAGAACUUGGCAAAGCACCACAAGUCCAUCUAUGUCAGCACCAACCAACAGGACAGCUGCUGGCUUUGCCAACAAAAACACUACUGAUGUCCGUAACACAACAGGGCAAGAGUCUGGAUAUAGUCAACCAAGCAGCACCCCUACCAAUAAAAUUUGGCAAAGCACCACAAGUCCGUCUGUCCCAGCAUCGACUAACAGGACUGCUGCUGGCUUUGCCAACAAAAACACUACUAAUGUACAAAGUAUAACAGGACAAAAUUCUGGAUAUAGUCAACAAAGCAGCACCCCUACCAAUAAAACUUGGCAAAGCACCACAAGUCCGUCUGUCCCAGCAUCAACCAACAGGACUGCUGCUGGCUUUGCCAACAAAAACACUACUGAUGUCCGAAGUACAGCAGGACAAGAGUCUGGAUAUAAGACCACUCCUACUGUACAAUCCAUGGUCAUUAAGGAACCAACCCCAACAAGCACAACCAAACCUGAAUCCACAAACAGGACCGUAUUGGGAUUGUAUGUUAGCCAUGAAUCUAAAACUAAUUCCUCUAGUCCUUUGGUCCCAAAGAACAACAUGGCUUCCAACAGUCCGACCACUAGCUAUUUACAGACCAGCAAAGAAAACAAAGAUACUAGUAACUCUUUGUUGUCUCAGAAAGACACCCAAAAAGAUUUAAGACCUACUGGACCCCAAACCAAAUUGACUGGCACCUCAGGAAAUGUCAUAACGGUGUCUUCUCUGUCCACCGGAAAGUGGUCUCCUAAAGAGGAAACAAAGGAACAAGAUACCCCUGCAAAGCCUUGGCUUUCAUCAGCUGCAAAAAAUAAAGAAGCCCGUGAAAAGUUUUUUAAGUCAAGUCCUGUUGUUCCAGAGCCAACAACCAGUCAUAAUUCAACUGGACCAGAAUCUCCCAAAAUAUCUGUGUCCAACGGGCCUGGUAGAUCGCUGGUUAUUAAUGUAACACCACAACCAUCUGAGAACAAUGCUGGAAAAGAUAAAGCCAGGAACUUUCUUCUGCAAAAUAUACCCAAGUCCUCUCCUAAUACUGACGCAUCCAGCAGUGUAUCCACUCCCAAAAGGUUACAGGAUCCUCAGCCAAAUGGAACAACUGUUUCUACUCCAAAAACUGAGCCUGAGAAACCUGUUCCUAAGGAAAGAAAAAGUAAAGUGCCAACAUCUGUGUCAAGUCCUGAUCCCCCAAAAAGUAGUCCGUCACCUGGUAUCAGCAAAGGAUAUGGAACUCCAAGCUCUAAUAAUAAUAGUCCUGUUCCAGCACCUCGUACACAACCGGCACAGCCUAGUGUUCUCACCCCUGCCAGAGUCCAGAAGGUUGAGGAGUCCUCCCCAAAAACACAAAAUUCUGACAGUAAAGUGGCCCCUGAGAACUGGAGGGCAAUGCUGAAGUCUGUGGACAAGAAACCUGUAGUUCAGCGUACCGUGCAUGAGCCGAAGCCAAUCACAAAGGAAUCGGAGAGCACUACAACUCCCAAGAAACAAACUACUGUCACCAUCAUCUCCCCGAGCCCUGCAGACAAAGAGAAUAAGCCUGCUCAGCCGGCUGCACCCACUACCACGCCAGGUCCAGCAGUCACAGAAUGGACUAAACUGGCACCCCCUAAGAAGAAACUUCUGGUUGCCAAAAUAGACCUGAUAAGUGAUUGGCCCAAACCUGAGCAAAAGUGGCAAGAUGGCCCCGUGAUCCUUGACCCAGAGGUGCCAAGCUGGCGCUCACACAAGAUUCCUGCAAAUGACAUCUCUGUGAAAGAUUCCAUUACAAGACCAGUGGAAAACAGCGAUACAAUCUCUCCUAACAAGACCCGUCCGGAGUACAUCCCUGAAGAGGAGAUCCAGAGACAGCUCCAGAUCAUUGAGCAAGAGCUGGAUUACUUGGAACAGCAAGGAGUAGACUUGGAGAAGCAGCUGCGUAGUUGUGAUGGAGAUGAAUCAGAGGAUGCACUUAUGGUGGACUGGUUCAAGCUCAUCCAUGAGAAACAACUUCUGCUGAGACAGGAAUCUGAGCUGAAUUACAUAUCCAGACAGCAGGCUCUAGAGAACCAGCAGCAGGACGUGGAGACCGAGCUCCGCAACCUAAUGAACAAGCCAGAGCAUCUAAAAUCUGAAAGGGACAAAACCAAAGAGAAGGAACUUCUGGAAAAGUAUCUGCUCAUAGUCAACGACCGCAGUGAGAUUAUUGAGUGCCUGGAUGAGGACCGAUUACGGGAAAAGCAAGAAGACGAAAUGAUGGAAAAUAUGAUCCGAAAACAUUCAGAUUCCCAACAGAAGCAGCCCAGUCCGGAGCCAAACUUGAAGAGGAGAUCCCGCUUCAGCUUUUCAGGCUGGUUAAAGCCAAAAGAUAAAAACAAAACUUGAGCCUGCCUUGACCGGCAGCAGAUAUACGCCUGGCGGUAAGCCGCUGUAUCUUGCACGCGUCAUCUUGUGGAAACACUGGAUCACCGUUCACACUACUUUGCACGCUGUGCUCAGCGACGGGCUUUAUCCCGGACAAUCGCAAGCAUUAACUCCUUCUUCUCCUCCUCCGUACCGGACAAUCACUUGGGUGACCGCUGUCCAAUCUUGCACUCUGAUAUAUUGCUGCAGGCCGUGAAUGUCUUCCACUGACCUGUUAGACUCCGAAUGUCACAUGACACGCCUGCGACUUCACUUUUACGGUGUCGGCUUACUUUUACUGCUAUGCUUCCUUGAGUGAGUCAUAUGGUAUCUGAGAAUUUCCCACCAUUGCUCGUUGACGUCGACUGCCAGCUAUAUGCAUUGUUUACAUAACCUGCGCCAUGAAGCACGGACAAUACUGCAGUCUGCAACCAUCCGGCACCAUAUAGGGAGCCAUAAUCCAUAUUCGCAACACCUUAAACAGUACAUAAAACUCAUCAAGACCAACAAGUCAAGACCAACAAGACUUGCCCCAAGACAUGUUUGUACAGCACGACGAGGAAUACUCCUGCGGCUCUCAGGCCGUGAACGCCGGCAAUGCCCCCCCAUAUCAUCUGUCACAUAUGUGUGAGGAGCCAAAUCCCUGCUGAGCCAGAUCCAAAGUCUUCUAUUGUCUUGGGCCCAGCCGAGCACACUGGGGAAAAUUUACACAGAGGACUGCGAAAAAUUCCUUCAGUACAUUCCCGGCAGAACUUGGUCAACCCUGUGGUGAUUUGUGUUUUCUUUGUGUUUUUUUUUAUUUUUUUUUAUUUUUUGUGUGUGCAAUUUGCCUUUUAGGAAAACAGAUAAAACACUCCGUCUUUUGUGCACUUCUAUUUAAAUAAGCCGUGUUUCCUUUUUAGAACUAAAAGUCGGAGACGUGCUGAAUAAAGCCAAUGUUUAUUGUAGGUCCUUGUGUCUCUUAUACU